AUCAGAGUCCCCAAAAUAAGUUGGAAUGGGCAGUGACUUUGCACAGUCUCUGCACACCUUUUCCACUUACCAAUUAGGGCCUGCCUCACAGAGAGAGAACACACCCUGCCUGGCUCUGCAAGGGAAUUCCAGUGCGACAGAUUACAAGCAUGAAGCUGCUUGGAGCUGCCCUUCUCUCCCUGGCUGUGUUCAGCAUCUGCACCGCAAAUGUACAAGAAAAUUCAUCUAUGACUCCACCAUCCAAGAACACUCAGUGGACUCCAGCACAAGAAAAUUCAUCUAUGACUCCAACAUCCAAGAACAGUCAGUCAACUACAGUUUCCAGUGAGUCAACCAUUACUAUAAGCAGUAGUACAAAUGUCUCAGCAGGGAAAACUGAAUCACUGCCAGGGAGUUCUGUGAUGGCAGCAUCAGACUCCACUAGGAUGACGGCUGGUUCCCACUGGACAUCAACAUUAACACCAAGUCAUGGCAGUCCCGGUAGCAAUGACAAACAAGCGGAUAAUGACCAGUAUUCCAGUAUUAUUUUGCCAGUUGUGAUUGCCUUGAUAGUAAUAACCCUUUCUGUGUUCAUUCUGGUGGCUUUGAUCAGAAUGUGCCGGAGGACAACCACAGAGGGACAAGAGAAUGGAACUGAACAAGCCACAACAGAUAAAGAGGGUGUCAAACUUCUUUCUGUAAAGACAGCUUCUCCUGAGACUGUUUUUGUAGCUGUGCAUGAUUUAUGUGCAGUUGGCUUCUCACUGCCCUCUGCCAAUCUAUAUGAGAUAAUUCCUACUCCAACUGGAGAGGUGUCGCAAGUCAAGAUCACAGGUGAACACUCCUCUCAGGGAAAGAAUAGAACUCACCAACAUGAUGAAUCCUCCUCACACCUGGGCAAUAAAUAUAUGUGAAGCUGCCUCUUUUGCCACAUUAUACAGGAACUGCCCUCUGAAGUUACAGUUCCACAGGGGACAUGUGGAUCAGCUGCAGCUUCCUACAGACAGGCAGGACAUUUGUGUUAAUUGUUCUAUGAUUAGCUCUUAAUUUCCAUACUUUAAAUGCCUCGUGUUUUCUGCUGGAAAGACUCUUGUGUUUUCUUAAUGGCUACAUAACUGAUGCACUGUACAUAUUUAUUAUUUCUACAUAUAUUAAAGCAGAGAAACUUUCAGGAAUGAUAAAGGUAUUGUAAAAAUCUGGUGGUGUGUGACUAAUAAUGAUGUCUUUCUUGUAUAUAGAAAUGUUUUCUUCCCAUACAGGAAGGAAUAUGUUAAUAUAUUUUCUUAUAUGCUCAAUAAAUAGUCUUCUGAAAUCUCAUGUAGUAGAUGGCAAACUUGGGGCCUGAUCUUUCAAACACUAGUAUGCAAAAUUAUCAUUACCACAAGUACGUCCAUUGACUUUUGUGGGGCUACUCGUAGUAGUAAGCACUUCACCAGGAUGGGGCACUUGGAGAUAAUAUCAAAGUGGUUUUGUUUUUGUUUGUUUCCAUGAAGGGGGCGAUUUUACCAAUUACAUUUUACAUUAGAUUUUUUAAAAACACUGUAAAUUGUUGCACAUGGUCCUUAAAAUGCAAACUAAUUACAAACAAAUAUUAUAGGUUUUUUGUUUUUUUUUGUUUUUUUUUACUGUUCCUUGGGUAGUCACUUUGUUAUAUAUGCUGUAAGAAUAUUUCUCCAGAUUUAAUCUGCAUUAUACAGUGAGGAUUCAAAAGGCAUUUACAAUACUGCAGGCUGCAUUUGUCAAAGGAAUAACAAUAGUGAUAGACUUUGUUUCUCAAAUUUUGAGUAUUGCAUGGAAUUCCUAUUCAUUAUUUAUCAACUCAGGAAAUUUAAUGAUUCCUUCCAGUGAUAACUGCAGAAUAUCUCAAUUUAUAAAGCACUUAUGUAAAUAUCUAAAUAGUGCUGCUAUCUCCAUGUGUUCUGCUUUUCUAGAUAUAUAAACCUUUGGAAAUUAUAAUAAUUUGAUCAAUCUCCAUCUGUUGAUUCAAGUUUCAUUUAUUUGCUGAAAUAUGAAAAUGAGACACAGGAGUCUCAUUAGUGGUCUAAACACAGAAUUGAGAACCAAGAAUUCUUAUCCUAGUUCUUUCCACUGUGCAUUUGGGCAAGUCACUUAGCUCCUCUUUCUAGUUUUGCUGCUCUGCAAAGUGGCAACAAUAACACCUACCUACCAGUCUCACAGGGCUAUUGUGCAGAUUAAUUAGUUAAUGUUUGUACAGUACUUUGAAGAUGAAAAGUGCUCUUCCGGUGGUAGGCAUUAUCAGCUCUCUUGUUUUCUGUUUGAUGGGUCUUAUCCGGUAUCUAAGGCCUUGGCUACACUGGCAGUGUACAACGCUGCAACUUGCUGCGCUCAGGGGUGUGAAAAAACACACCCCUGAGCGCAGCGAGUACAGCGCUGUAAGGCGCCAAUGUAAUCAAAGCCUGCAGCGCUGCAAGCUAUUCCCCUCGGAGAGGUGGAGUACAUACAGCCGCGGCAGCGCUGUGAAGUCCCGAGUGUAGCCAAGGCCUAAGAGACUCAACGGAAAACUUUUCUAUGAAGCACUGUGAAAGCUGGGCACCAAGUCCACAACCAGUGUGCUACAGACUGCAGCUGAACUUUUAUGCUUAGAUAAAGCAUUCUUUGUGCUAGAUCAUCUGAGUGACUCGGGGGAGUUUGGUUGAAAAAGCAUCAUGAUGUCUGUACUUUCAAAAGGUGAGGCCAUCUAAAACGUGCAAUUUAAGAGUUUAUAUAAAAUAUUAUACCCACUUCAGCUUCCUGACUGCUGAGGAUUCCCAAUGGAAAGAAGAAUCUAUGCCCAAGUUUUCAUGUAAAUGUAAAAUAGGUGUUUCGGCACACAUUCUUUAUAGGGCAGUUUGAAAGAGCUGAGAAAUGUGAAUGUGGAAGAUUAAUAUCAAGAUUAUGUAAGAUUUGUGCAGAAACUGUCAUUAAGUGUCCAGAUAAUGUUAAUCUUACAAUAAAACUUUGUAUC